GGGGGGGUAAUCGAAUAAAAAUUACAAGCGUUCAAACACCGUCGCGGUGCUCCGCGUUUUAUCUAAAUCGCGACGUAUGACGCGUGUUUAAUCACGCAAGUACCAUGCGUUCCUUUACGCUGACGACUGUUAUCGCAGUGCAAACUUUCGUAAGAAAAUAUUGAGAUAAUAGGAGCUGCAUCGCGAUCGGUGCGAUCAAAGAGAUCACAGGAGCUGAUAGUUUUCAUAAUUUUUGAACGCGCAGGUUAUGCGCGACGAUCAAAACGUUUGCCACCGCGGCUCAUUUGGCAAACUCCCCCUGUAGAUCACAUUAUAUUUAUUUUUAUGCAAUUAUAUACAAUAUAUAUUUUAGAAAAGAUAAGAGAAUACGCCAAGGAAAAUAGCAAAGACAUAUUUGAUCAAUAUUUAUCAAGUAAGAAAAAAAUCGAUUAAAAUCGCUAGAUUGAUUCGUAGUGUUUUUUUCGAGUAAAAGACAAUUUUACCGUGAAAAUAUUUUUCAUAUAAAAAUGUUAUAUCUUAGUAAGUAGGUACUUAAUUCUGCUAAUUAGAGACGUGUCACUGGUUUUAUUAAUAAUAGUGUAAAAUAAAUUUGGAUUGUUUACGUGUUUACGUCGGAAAAAAGAAAAAUUAUCGCUGCCACAAUGCGCGACGCUAGCAACGAAGGCGUUAAAACAAAUAAAUAUCAAAAUCCGAUAUAAUUAGUUUAACCUCAAUAGACACGCGUAGGAGAAAGGAGAAACUUGAUAAAUUUUUCAAUCUUUGCGCGCUUUCUUCAAGCAAAUUGAUACAUCUGCAAAGAAGAAAAUAAAAGAUAUCUCGAGAGGCAACUAGUUUAGGGAAGAAAGAUGUGCGACUGCCCACAGGAACGAAACGAUGAAAUCGCCGAGAAAAUCGGCCCGGAAACCGUAAUGAUUUUUUCGAAAUGUCCGACAUAUCGUAUCGGAAAAGACGUCUUCGAGGUCGCAGCUGCCGUCGACGUCAGCUGGACGUCGCCGACUCAUGCGAUGCGACCCGACGGCGACGACACGAGCAGCGAUUCUACGCCGAAGUUUCCCGCGAGUACGGAAUCCUCCAGCGAAUCGAGCACAACGGUACGCCGUCGGCAAGAAAGAUACUUUGCCGCGAAGUAACAAUUGCGCCGAUAAUCGCAGUGCGCCUGUCCGACGGAAUGCGAUUACGCCGGCGAGGCGGAAGACGAUGGCCUAAAGUUGCUGGCGGUCUGCUCCUGCGAGACCGACGGCAGCGAGGACGUGCUUGAGAAGAAACAGGACAUCGAGUACACUUUGGCCAUCAUUAAGCCGGAAGCGGUGAUCUACAGGAAGCAAAUCGAGCACAUUAUAUACACCGAGGGAUUCGAGAUCUGCCAGACGCGCUGGCUCCAGCUCACGCCCGAGCAAGUCUCGGAAUUCUACGACGACCGCUUCGAUGAGGUGUGCUUCCCGUCGUUAGUGGCGUACAUGUCGUCCGGACCUGUCGUGGUGUUCGUGUUGGCCAAGGAAAACGCCGUCGAGGAGUGGAAGCUUAUCAUGGGAUCAACCACGGUGACCGAGGCGUGUUUGUAUUUCCCCGAUAGUAUCAGAGCAAGGUAUGGCCAGAAAGGUGAAAGCUUCCGAAACGUCGUGCACGGCAGCGACAGUUGCGAACGAGCCGAGAAAGAAAUUCACUUCUUCUUCCCCGGCUUCAUAAUCGAACCCUUGUUGAGGGACGAGAGGGCUGAGGACUUUCUGUGGGAGGUCAUUAAUCCGGUUCUCGUUGAAGGCUUAACCUUGUGUUGCAAAACUAAACCGGCCGAUCCUGUGCUAUGGCUGGCAAAUUGGCUGAUCUUGAACAACCCCAACAAGCCCAAAUUACCAGAAGAUCUCGCUUUAAUCCCGACGUAACUGUCGUCGAAUGAGCCUGUACCGUCGACUUGCGUGAUAUCGUUAACAUAAAGACAUCCGCCAUCUUACCCACUGGAUCUAUUUCUUUCGGCGCUUCUUGUCGUCGGCAUGAUGGCAUUCUUUUUAAUCUUCUGUCCGUCG